UUGGCCAGCACAUGAUGAUUUAGAUAGAGAAAUCAUUUUAAAAAGAUUUGAACGUUCUAAAAAUAAUAUUAAAUAUUUCUUAAACGAAUUAAUAUCAAAUCAACAUUGUAAAAAUAAACCACUUCAUAAUUAUAUAAUUGAAGUUUAUGGUUACACAAAAGAACCUGAAUCAGAUGAUUAUAUUUUAGUUAUGGAAUAUGCGUCAGAAGGAGACUUACAUAAAUAUUUACAAAAGAAUUUUACAAGUAUUGCGUGGAGUAAUCGUUAUAAUCAAAAACUACAUAUUUUACAGGAAAUUUCAAAGGGACUUGAAUAUAUUCAUAAGAAUAAAUUUAUACAUCGAGAUUUUCAUAGCGGAAAUAUAUUAUUAGAUGUAUUUCAAUGGAAAAUUGGGGAUCUGGGAUUAUCGCAGUCUGAAAGUAGUAAAUCAUUAAACAAUGAAAUAUAUGGAGUUAUACCUUACAUUGCACCAGAGAUAUUUAAAGGGGCUGCGUUUUCUAAAGAGGCUGAUAUCUAUAGUUUCGGUAUGAUUAUGUGGGAACUUACAACAGGUUGUAAACCUUUUGCUAAUGUUGAACAUGAUAUUCAUCUUAUUUAUAAAAUUCUUGAUGGAGAACGACCCAAUAUUACAGAGGAUACACCAAAAUGUUAUGCUGAUUUAAUGAAAAGUUGUUGGGAUCCUGAUCCAAAAAAAAGACCUUCU